GGGCCAUAGUUCCAUCCUAAUUAAAAUCUUGCAAAUAAAAAGAAGCUCUUCUCUAAUCUCUGGUUAGAUUUCCAUGGAUCUCCACAUCUUCUUCUUGCCAUUUCUUGCCCCGGGCCACAUGAUUCCCAUGAUCGACCUUGCUAGGCUCUUAGCUGACCGUGGAGCCAAGGCCACCAUCAUCACAACCACUGCAAACGUCCCCCUCAUCCAACCGACCAUAGACCUCGCCAACAACUCUCGCCACCACCAAAUCCAGCUCCUUGCCAUUCCCUUCCCCUAUUCGGAAUCCGGCAUCCUUGAAGGCCAUGAAAACAUCACCGCAUUGCCCAACCCAGCCAUCCCCCCUGAAUUCCAUGCGGCCAUGUGCAUGCUCGAGGCCCCCUUCAGGCAGCUUGCCAAAGACCACCACCCCGACUGCAUCAUAUCCGACUUCCACUACCCGUGGUCGGCCAGCCUCGCCCGUGAGCUCGGCAUACCAAGGCUUCUCCUCCACAUUACGAGCUUCUUCUCCAUCAUCCUCCUUGGUGUCACCAGUCGUCUCAAGCCCCACGAGAGCGUCGCUAGCGACGAGCAGCCCUUUGUUGUGCCGGAGAUUCCCCAUCGGAUCGAGAUGACACGGUCGCAGCUCCCUGGCUUCAUCAUAGGAACCGAAAGCGACCUCCACAAACAGUUGGAUGACUCCAAUCGCUCGAGCUAUGGCAUGAUAAUAAAUAGCUUCUAUGAGAUGGAGCACGACUAUGUCGAUCAACUUAAGGAGAGAGGCGACAUGAAACUGUGGCAUGUCGGCCCGGUGUCGCUACGCAAUCAGGACCUGCAUGAUAAAGUAGUGAGAGGAGACAAGGCCUCCGCAGACUGCGACCGCUGCUUGAGUUGGUUGGAUACUAGGAAGCCGAGAUCGGUUCUCUACAUCUGUUUUGGGAGCUUAGGUCGAUUCACCCGCACUCAGCUUUGCGAGAUUGCGUCGGGCCUCGAGGCUUCGGAGCACCCGUUCAUUUGGGUGGUGAGAUACGGCGGUGAACCGUCGGAAUGGCUGCCGGAGGGGUUUGAGGAGAGGGUGAUAUGCAGAGGGAGAGGAUUGAUCAUAAAUGGAUGGGCACCUCAGCUGCUUAUAUUGAACCAUGAAGCCGUCGGGGGAUUUGUGACGCACUGUGGCUGGAACUCCUCCUUGGAAGGUGCGAGCGCCGGGUUGCCGAUGAUCACUUGGCCGCUCUUUGCCGAGCAAUUCUUCAAUGAGAAGCUGAUUGUGGAUGUUCUCAGGAUCGGAAUUGCGAUCGGGGUGAAGGUAUGCCGUUGCAAGGAGGAGGAGAGGAUGAUGGUGAGGAGGGAGGAGAUAAGGAGGGCGGUAAAUGAGUUGAUGGGAAGCGGAGAGGAAGCGGAUGGGAGGAGAGAGAGAGCAAGGGAGGUAGGGAAGAUGGCAAGGAGGGCUGUGGACGAGGGGGGUUCUUCUUAUAAUGAAUUGAGCAGUUUGAUAGAGGAAUUGCUUAGUCUUAAAGCUGGUAAGACCCAGUCAGGUAAGGCUGGAGAAUGAUCUACUUCAGUGUUCUUUGGCUUGGGCGAAAAGCUACAAUAGAUUUGGUGCCUUGAACAUAGUAUUUGGGGUAGCGCUCAUGCUUGUUUGACGUGCGCUACCGACGUAUCAUAUAUAUAUAUAUAUAUAUAUAUAAUAUUUGGGUGUAGCACAGGUUUAGAGUGGUCUGUUCCUGUCUAAUCCAUAACUUAUUUUCGUUUGGGAAUAAAGUUGAAGGUUUGCACAUCUCA